GCUUUUGCGUCCGAACCGUUGCUUCCGGGUGUCCUCAAUGAAGAAACCCCUUUGCAUUUGAUGCCUUUUUUGUAUUUUCUAAGAAAAAUCUAGAAGCUAAGUCAAUAAAACGUUUACAAAAUGAACAGAAUAUUCGGACGCGGGAAGCCCAAAGCGCCUCCUCCGAAUCUGUCGGACUGUAUUGGAAAUGUGGACGCCAGGGCAGAGUCCAUCGAGAAGAAGAUUGGCAGACUAGAUGCUGAACUGUUGAAGUACAAGGAUCAAAUGAAGAAGAUGAGAGAUGGGCCCUCGAAGAACAUGGUGAAACAGAAGGCGAUGAGAGUGCUGAAACAGAAGAGGAUGUAUGAAGGUCAAAGGGAGCAGCUGGCUCAGCAGUCUUUUAACAUGGAGCAGGCAAACUACACCAUCCAGACAUUGAAGGACACCAAAACAACAGUGGAAGCCAUGAAGAUCGGUGCAAAGGAAAUGAAGAAGGCUUACAAGGACGUCAAACUGGAUCAGAUUGACGAUUUACAGGACCAACUGGAGGACAUGAUGGAAGACGCCAACGAGGUGCAAGAGGCCCUGAGCCGCAGCUACGGCACUCCAGAGAUAGAUGAGGACGAUCUGGAAGCAGAGCUGGACGCUCUGGGUGAUGAGCUGCUGCUGGAUGAUGACAGCUCCUACCUUGAUGAGGCCUCAGCAGCCCCGUCGAUCCCUGAGGGAAUACCUAGUGACAGCAAAACAAACAAGGAUGGUGUUCUGGUGGAUGAGUUCGGCCUCCCACAGAUUCCCGCCACAUAAACAAGGGAUGAAUUAAAAACAACUGCACUUCGCCUAAAAACACUUUUAUAUGUAGAGUAACAUUUAUACAUGCAAAGACCAUUUGACCUGAGAACACUGAGUUUUUGAAGCUGUCCUGGUGUUGGGUUGUGUACUGUUACUACUGCUGUGUUAGCAUGUGGCCUUGUAACAUACCGAACCUUUUUUUAAAACGUUCUUCUUUUCUCCCCCUCAGCCUCCUGUCAAACACUUGUCAGUCUCGUUCAUCAUCAGUAUUAAUUUAUUUUGAUUUCUUGCUAGUUUUGUGUGUUGUAGUUUAGACAUUACCAUUCUGUUUGAGUUCUCAAAAGUGGAGAGGAUUUCCCGCUCAGCCUGUUCUGAACGUCUGCAGGUUAUUUGAAACAUGCAAAAUAAAUAACGUGUUUUGAUUUAA